AUGUCACGUAAACCUGACAUGCUUCCUGGAGACCGAGCUCGCUCGGAUGCGCUUCCAGGUCUCCCAGGGGAAGUUCUACCGCACUUUCGAGGAUCGUCAUUUCUUUCCGCAGAGCUGGUGAGAUCCUUCUUCCACUCAAAAACGGCAUCCAUUUUUUGGCGCUGCAAUCUGAAACGAUUCCUCGGGAAGCUCACCUACAUCCAGUUUGGGGCUGAUCCGAUGCUGGAGACGUGGCCAAGACUGCGUCGGAUUUUUCUCGAACAUAAUGUUAGUUUUUUUUAACUUUUGCAAACGAAAUUUGAAGAAAUAAAUUAAUAAUGCACCCUAACCUGCACUAAACGGGUGGUUGCAUUCGCGAAAGCAAUUUUAAAAUUUUAUUUUACGCCUUCAAAAAAUUUAAAAAUCCAAACGGAGAAAAGCAUCUGAUGACUAGUCCAGAUAAGGUCCGUUCAGAUUUUGAAUGUCAAGUAGAAUGACGUCAUUGGAAAACGCUCUGUAAAUGGCUCGCUCUCUUAUUGGUUUAUUAGGGGCGGAGCUUGGACUUGAGACUCAAAACUUGAACAGACUACAUUUCUAUUGAUGUCAAAACGCUUAGCCGAUUAAGCUUCUUUAUAUAAACUUUAAAAAUCGAAAAAUUAUAGGUGACGGAAGAAUCUCUAAACUACAUCGAAAAAAGCCUUAGUAGCGGGAAGACGGCACACACAACAGUGGGAACAAAAGCCAGAAACUUUCUCGAGAAACGGUAAGUAACUGAGUGGCAUCUAUAGGGGCAAUCUUAGGAACCCUUGAAGGUUCCAUCUAGGGACCGCUAAAGGUUGCAAAAGUGGCCCCUAGAGGGGCAUGCUGGUUGAAUAUUGUUCUGAACUCAUCAAGAAUAAUUUUUCUGCGAAAAAAUCAAUAAAUUAGAGUUACUUGAAUGAAAAGUGUCAACAGAGGGUAUAUUUUUUGGCCUUUACAAAUCUGAACAAAAAUUCAAGAAACCCUAGAGGAACCCCUUGAGAUAUAGGAUCUAAUCCUAAACCCCUAUACGGACGCCAUAUAGAUAGGAGGCACUUUUUUAUCCCUUACAGGAGCUUUACCCCCCAAACCCCUAUAGGGACCACUCUGGCGUGUCUAUGAAUAGAAAAAUGGAAAAAGGUUUAAGUAUAACAUUUUUUCUCCGUUCCUGAAAACUUCAAAUUCGAAAAAAGAAGCUUCAGAUUACGGUCCAGCCCCUAUCUGAUGGAACUACUCGUCCGCAUGUUCUACCACGAUUUCCUGCUCUUCAAUUAUAAGCUUCCGGAUGGAUUCUGA